GAAACACACUGGAGAGAAGCCAUUUGAGUGUUCCAAAUGUGGCAAAUGUUACUUUAGAAAAGAGAACCUCCUGGAACACGAAGCCAGGAAUUGCAUGAACCGAUCUGAGCAGGUUUUCACGUGUUCAGUCUGCCAGGAGGUGUUCAAGAGGCGAAUGGAGCUGCGGCUGCACAUGGUGUCGCACACGGGGGACAUGCCGUACAAGUGCUCCUCCUGCGCCCAGCAGUUCAUGCAGAAGAAGGACCUGCAGAGCCACAUGAUAAAGCUGCACGGUGCACCAAAGCCCCACGCGUGCUCGACCUGCUCCAAGUGCUUUCUGUCUCGGACAGAGCUGCGCCUGCACGAGGCCUUCAAGCACCGGGGAGAGAAGCUGUUUGUCUGCGAGGAGUGCGGGCACAGGGCCUCGAGCCGCAACGGCCUGCAGAUGCACAUCAAGGCUAAGCACAGGAACGAGCGGCCCUACGUCUGCGAGUUCUGCCACCACGCCUUCACACAGAAAGCCAACCUCAACAUGCACCUGCGCACGCACACGGGCGAGAAGCCCUUCCAGUGCCACCUCUGCGGCAAGACCUUCAGGACACAAGCCGUUGAGCAGCUGCGCGUCCACGUCCGCCGGCACAGGGGCAUGAGGAAGUUCGAGUGCACCGAGUGCGGAUACAAGUUCACGCGGCAGACCCUGGUCACCGAGGACGAUAGGUCCGUUGUGUUGGCGCUGCAGCCGCCACCGGAGCUGGACGUGGGCUCGGCCGAGGUGAUCGUGGAGUCGCUGUCCCGCGGCGCCCUGCCUGAGGACAUCCCCGUGCAGAGACUCUGCUCCAACGAGAACUUCUCCCCAGCGGAUGUGAUCGAGCAGUCACUGAUCAUAACGACGACCAUUCCUGAGGACUGUGACACAUAG